AUUAAUUGUCAAUGCAUUUAGACAGAAAUAUUACUGAUUGCUCUUUAAUGUGGAAUCCGUGCCUGUGAAAGUUUGUGGGGCGCUGAGCCUUGGGUGUAUUGUCAGCAAACCGUUGAAAAUUGGCGGUUGCAGAAAACCGGGGGAGGAGCUGGGGAUGAGAAGCCGCUCUCUGCUCUGUCUGUCACUCUGACUCUGUCUCCUCCCCUUCUCGCCUCUCUCUCUGCAUUUCUCGACCAGGUCGGGGCGCUGUGUAUAAAAGGAGACAGUAGCAUUCGCCCUUUUAUUGUGCAGCGACUUGAGUGUAGAAACAUCAUGUCUGGCAGAGGGAAAGGAGGCAAAGGACUGGGUAAAGGCGGUGCAAAACGGCAUCGCAAAGUACUUCGCGAUAACAUCCAAGGCAUCACCAAACCAGCUAUCCGCCGCAUGGCUCGGCGUGGCGGUGUCAAGCGAAUCUCGGGUCUCAUCUACGAGGAGACCCGUGGGGUGCUGAAGGUUUUCUUGGAGAAUGUGAUCAGGGAUGCGGUCACCUAUACCGAGCACGCCAAGCGUAAAACGGUCACUGCCAUGGAUGUGGUGUACGCUCUGAAACGCCAGGGCCGCACACUCUAUGGCUUCGGCGGUUGAAGAAUUAUUCCCUUUAUCCAAUCGAUAAAACAAAGGCUCUUUUAAGAGCCACCCACCAUUUCACUGAGUGAGCAGUGACCGCGAGCAUGAUCACAUUAUGUACUGAAUGAACUUUUAGUUAUUGCCCGA